AACUCACGAGUGAGUCAAGCUCAGGCUUAAGCUUGUAAGUUGUAAACCAUGGCACUCUUUCUCCUCGACCAUGGUGCAGGUAACGUCCAGAGUCUCGCUAAUUCAAUCAAGAAACUCGGUUAUGAUUUCUCGUGGAUAUCUAGUCCAGAGGACUUCCACAAAGCAUCUAUCCUUGUAUUUCCAGGCCAAGGUGCUUUCCACACUGCGAUCGAAUGUUUGACAGAGCGUGGUCUACUUGAACCCCUCUAUAACUACAUUCAAUCUGGGAAACCGUACUUUGGCAUAUGCAUUGGGAUGCAAAUCCUCUUUGCGUCAUCUGCAGAAUCCCCAUCAACGCUUGGUCUAGGUCUUAUACCCUGUCAAAUGGAACGAUUCGAUGAUACCACUAAACCAGUUCCUCAUAUGGGCUGGAAUACCGCAGAACCCAUAGACUCCAACACUUUGUCCUCAGAAGGUGUUUCUUCUUCAGAUCACUACUAUUUCGUCCAUUCGUAUCGUGCCAAAUACGACCCAGAAGGCAAUCCUGAGGCUGCUAUGUGGGCGCACUCAACUACCCAAUACGGGCAGGAAGUGUUCAUGUCCACCGUCCGAAAAGGCAAUGUAUUUGGUGCUCAAUUCCAUCCCGAAAAAUCCAGUGUUGCUGGACUCACUGUUAUCGACGCUUGGAUAAAACAGUCACUGGCAGGUCGCACACCAGCCGAACCAUCAGCUCGGAUUCCACGCCCUCCUAAAUCGCAACACGGUUUCACUAGACGCAUCAUCGCUUGCAUGGAUGUUCGUGCGAACGACGAAGGUGAUCUUAUCGUGACCAAAGGGGAUCAGUAUGACGUCCGCGAGAAGUCUCUCACAUCAACGCCACUAUCGAGCACCACUGCUAUCAAAACUGCAGGUGCAGUCCGCAACCUUGGCAAGCCUGUUGCACUAGCAGCCCGCUACUUCGAGUCAGGGGCAGAUGAGCUGUUUGUGCGGGCUGCAGCAGAACGUGUAUUCGUACCGCUCACCAUCGGAGGGGGUAUCAAAGAUACAGUCGAUCCCGAUGGCACGAAACGCUCUGCUGUCGAGGUCGCUGGUGCAUAUUUCCGAGUCGGUGCUGACAAGGUUAGCAUCGGCUCUGAAGCAGUCUACGCUGUCGAGAAAGUUCGCGCAGCCGGCGGUAUAUUAGACGGCAGCAGCGCCAUUGAAACCAUUGCGAAGGUAUAUGGCUCUCAAGCCGUCGUCGUUUCCAUAGACCCCAAAAGAGUAUACGUCGAUCCCGCCACAUAUGACGGCCCCUACAAGGAUGAGCUUGUACAUGGUCGACCAGACAGUCCUGAAAACGAGCGGGGCAAAGCUUGGUGGUACCAAUGUACCGUGUCAGGUGGUCGCGAGACUCGCCUCGUGUCAGUUGUGCAACUCGCGCAAGGUGCACAGAUCCUCGGCGCCGGCGAGAUCCUUUUAAAUAGCAUCGACCGCGAUGGAACAGGCCUCGGCUUUGAUCAUGACUUGAUCGGGCUCGUGAAGCGCGCAGUGACUAUUCCUGUUGUUGCGAGCAGUGGAGCAGGCACCAAGGAACAUUUUGUGAGUGUGUUUGUUGAGACAGGCGUGGAAGCUGCUCUUGCCGCGGGGAUAUUCCAUCGGGAGGAAGUUGGGAUACACGAAGUCAAGUUAGCUUCGAGGCUGGCCGGUAUCAACGUCAGAUCAUGAAGAAGACAACUAAAAUUAUAGACUGUUCAUAUUGUAGCUGUGAUCGAGGGGUACGGUACUGUGUGAUCUUCUAUCUAUAGUGCACUUUUCUAUAGAAGACUACCGUGAACACAUUGUAGAACCAAUUGAUCAGAACAUCUGCAGAUGC